AUGAGGAGGGAGAACCAGAGCAGCAUGUCCAAAUUCAUCAUCUUGGGGCUUCCCUUCUGGCCAGAGCAGCAAAGCAUGUUCCUCACCCUGUUCCUGGGCAUGUACCUGACCACGGUGCUGGGGAACCUACUCAUCAUACUGCUCAUCAGGCUGGACUCUCACCUCCACACCCCCAUGUACUUCUUCCUUAGCCACUUGGCCUUCACUGAUAUCUCCUUCUCAUCUGUCACCGUCCCUAAGAUGUUGAUGAACAAGCACACUAAGUACAAAUCCAUCCCCUAUGCAGGAAGCAUUACACAGACAUAUUUUUUCAUCUUCUUUGCUGCUUUGGACAGUUUCCUGAUCACUUCAAUGGCCUAUGACAGGUAUGUGGCCAUCUGUCAUCCUCUCCAUUAUACCACCAUCAUGAGUCAGAGCGUUUGUGCCAUGCUGGUGGCUGGGUCCUGGCUCAUUACUUGUGCUUGUGCCCUUUUGCACACCCUCCUCCUGGCCCAGCUGUCCUUCUGUGCUGAUCACACUGUCCCUCACUUCUUCUGUGACCUUGAUGCCCUACUCAAGUUGUCCUGCUCAGACACUUCCCUCAACCAAUUGCUAAUCUUUAUUGUGGGAAUAGCAACCAUUGUGCUUCCAUUCUUAGGCAUCCUGGUUUCUUAUGGCCAUAUUGGGGCCACCAUCGUCCGGGCUCCCUCUACCCAGGGCAUUGGCAAAGCCUUGUCCACUUGUGGAUCUCAUCUCUCAGUAGUGACCCUUUACUAUGGGACAAUUAUUGGUCUAUAUUUCCUUCCUUCAUCCAACAACACCAAUGACAAUAACAUAAUUGCUUCAUUGAUGUACACAGUGGUCACUCCCAUGUUAAACCCCUUCAUUUAUAGCCUGAGAAAUAAAGACAUGAAAGGGGCCUUGAAAAAACUCUUGAGUAAGAAAACAUAUUCUUCCAAACAAUACUUACCUUUCUUUUAA